CUCCAAUUGUGGGGCCAUCGUUCGGCAUUGCUGUUAUUCGCAAUCCAGCAGUUGUCGCGAUCGGAAGCCCUAAAAUCGGAAUAACUCCUCAUCGAAAACCCGUUUCUUGCCGAAACAAUAGUGGAGUGUAUAGGUAUAGAAGAUAAUUAAAUUGGCGAUUUUGUGCGUGUGCUAAGGAUAAUUAUGUUGCCCUUUCGUUGGGCUUUCAUCGGCAUCGCGCUGUUGAUUGCAGCUACAAAUGGAGCAGUUAUAACUUCAGCAGAUGGAAAUGAGGCAGAAUCAAACUAUGAUGUUACGAAUGAACAAUUUGAUUUGGAUAGAUCAAAACGAAGCGGAAGAGGCUAUAUGCGUGGACAAACGCAAUCUCAGUAUCUGAAUUUUGGUAAACCAGAACAGGACGGCAAAGCGGAAGCAGAGGCUAAUGAACAUGGUUCCAGAACCACAGUUUCUGGAAGCCACGGCAUGGGACAGGCACAGAGUCAAUUUUCAAUGGGAGAUUGUACCGAGUGUGCAACACCCCCAAUUUACGAAUAUCCCGCAGGCUCCCCCGAUCCAUUGACUUUAAUAAGUGGUAGGCCAGAUGCUUUAAUAAGUGCACCAGGUACUGGCGCUGGUAGUCAACAACCUGGCGGUAUAUAUGGCCCGAGUGGAACUAGUGCAGCUGGUGGUCCUGGAGCUGCUGGAGCAUUAAGACCUGGUGGAGUUGUGGGACCUGGUGGUGUAUAUCCUGGUGGAAGAGGUGGUGGUCGGCUUGAUGGUGCGUUAAGACCUAGUGCAGGACUCCAGCCUGGAGCAGGAUAUGCGCCAGGUAUUGGAGGUCAACCUACCGGACCCGGUGGCUUACCAGGAAGAGACGGUGUUCAGCCAGGCGGACCGUUAAGGCCUAGCGCUGGCGUGCAACCAGGAGGUGGUUAUGUGCCCGGCUAUGGUUCGCAAAUUUCUGGACCCGGAGGUGCAGGCAUUGGAGGUGGUAUUCAGCCCGGUGCUGCUUUGAGACCUGGCGCUGGACUACAACCUGGCACAGCUUACGGACCUGCUGCUGGCCAACAAACUGGUCCAGGUGGUAUAGGAGUGGGAGCGUUACGACCCAGCGCUGGAUUACAACCCGGAACAGUCGGUCAACCAGGUGGUGGAUAUGGACUUGGACAAAUUGGCGGACCGGGUGCAGUAGGAACAGGUGGAGCUUUACGGCCUGGAGAAGCUGGUGCUGCCCCAGCUGGUGGCGGUUAUGGGCCAGGUGUUGGCCGACAGCCUCUUGGUGCUGAUGGUGUUGCUGCGCAACCCAGCGGUGGUUUAAGACCCGGUGGUGUGUAUAGGCAAGAAGCUGGUGGCCAGCCUAUUGGACCAGGAGGACUGGCAGGUGGAGAUGUUCCAGCAGGAGGUGAUAUAAGAACUGGUGCUGGAUUUCAGCCUGGUGGUGCUUAUGGACCAACGGCAGGUUAUCCUACGGGAACAGAUGGUAGAGGAGUGGGCGGAGCCGGUGCUGAUCUCAGACCAGGGGCACUUAUACAAGCCGGCCCGCAACUAAGUGGACAACCAGGUGCCUCCGGAGUUCCACAACCAAGUUCCGGUUUUCGACCUGGAGUUGGGGCUCAACCUGAGAUAACUUAUGGGCCACAUACAAGUCGCCAACCUACUGGACCCGGUGCGGUAGGCGGUGGUGGUGUACAGCCAGGUGGAUACGGCCCUGGUGGAGGUUUCCAACCAGGUGCGCGCUUAAGGCCCGGUCAAGGUUACGAAGCUGCUGGCGUUCAACCCGGAUAUGACGGAGUAUACAGACCAGUUGCGGCCGGAGCAGUUGAUACUAGUGGAAUUUAUAGACCUUCUGAGCGUGCGGGUGGUCAACCUGGAACUCAAGCGUAUGGACCCGGUACAAUUGGACAGCAAGCUGGACCAGGCGUCGGUGCAUAUCCCGGCCAUGCUUAUGCUCCCAGUGGUGUUUAUGGGCCAGGUGAAGCUGGUGCUCCCACUGGACCUGGGGGUAGAUAUGGAUAUGGUCAUCCAGGUGCUGGUAUACAAGCGGGCGCAGGCGUUCAUCCAGGAUUCGGUGCCCAACCCGGUGCUGGCUUUCAACCAGGUGCAGGUCUACAACCAGGCGCAGGUGCUCAUCCAGGAGUCGGUUAUCAACCUGGCGCAGGACUACAACCAGGCGCAGGCGUACAACCAGGAGCCGGCUAUCACCCUGGCGCGGGUCUGCAACCAGGUGCUGGUCUUCAACAGGGCGCAGGCGUACAUCCUAGAGCCGGUUAUCAACCUGGCGCUGGUCUGCAACCAGGUGCUGGUCUUCAACCGGGCGCAGGCGUACAUCCCGGAGCCGGUUAUCAACCUGGCGCUGGUCUGCAACCAGGUGCUGGUCUUCAACCGGGCGCAGGCGUACAUCCCGGAGCCGGUUAUCAACCUGACGCUGGUCUGCAACCAGGUCCUGGUCUUCAACCGGGCGCAGGCGUACAUCCCGGGGCCGGUUAUCAACCUGGCGCAGGUCUACAACCAGGUGCUGGUCUACAACCGGGCGCAGGCGUAUAUCCAGGAGCUGGUUAUCAACCAGGUGCAGGUCUACAACCAGGUGCUGGUCUACAACCGGGCGCAGGCGUAUAUCCAGGAGCUGGUUAUCAACCAGGUGCAGGUCUACAACCAGGUGCUGGUCUACAACCGGGCUCAGGCGUACAUCCGGGAGCCAGUUAUCAACCAGGUGCAGGUCUACAACCAGGCCCAGGCGUAUAUCCUGGACCUGGCUAUCAACCGGGCGCAGGCGUACAUCCAGGAGCUGGUUAUCAACCAGGUGCAGGUCUACAACCAGGAGCCGGUUACCAACCUGGCGCGGGUCUACAACCCGGCGCAGGUCUUCAACCAGGUGCUGGUCUACAACCAGGCGCAGGCGUGUAUCCAGGAGCUGGUUAUCAACCAGGUGCUGGUCUACAACCAGGUGCAGGUCUACAACCAGGUGCUGGUCUACAACCUGGCGCAGGCGUGUAUCCAGGAGCUGGUUAUCAACCAGGUGCAGGUGUACAACCAGGUGCUGGUCUACAACCUGGCGCAGGCGUACAUCCAGGAGUCGGUUAUCAACCAGGUGCAGGUCUACAACCAGGAGCCGGUUAUCAACCUGGCGCAGGUCUACAACCCGGCGCAGGUCUUCAACGAGGUGCAGGUCUACAACCAGGCGCGGGCAUACAACCAGGAGGCGGCUAUCAACUUGGCGCAGGUCCACAACCAGGAGCUGGCUACCAACCGGGUGCAGGUCUACAACCCGGAGCCGGUGUACAGUCUGGCGCAGGUCAGCAACCAGGAGCUGUUUAUCAACCUGGCGCAGGUCUUCAACCAGGAGCCGGUUAUCAACCAAGCGGCGGUCUUCAACCAGACGCAAGACUGCAGCCGGGCGCAGGUUACGCUCCCGGAUUCGGUGCCCAAGCUGCUGGACAGCCAGAACUCGGCGUACAACCUGGCACAGGUUACAGCCCAGGUGCUGGUGAUAUAUAUAGCGCUGGCGUGGGUGGAGUGCCAUCUGGAACAUACCCAUCACUUCCACAAGCAGUAUCGACUUAUGGUCCAGGCGUUGGCAUAGGUGCAGGUGCACCAGCUGGUGAAGCGUAUGGACAAGGUGCAGCACCAGGAUCCGGAACAUUUGCACCAAUCGAAGCAGCAGGAACUGGUGUAGGUGGUGUUGGUGGUACUGGUGUUCUGCCCGGUGGUGUGUCAGCAGAACCCGGAGCGAUAGGCUAUCCCGGUGCUGCUGCCUCUGGAGGGGGAGCAUUGGGUGAGUAUAAGGAGGAAGGUCCAAGCAGCUUGAUAACGGCAGCUGGAGCGGGAGGAGCAGAUGAUGCAUUCUCACAAGCUGAAUCUUCCAUUAGCGAUGGCCAAGCAGCGGCCAGUGCACAGGGCAAAAAGAAUGGUGGCACUGCCAAAACUCAAGUAUCCGGAACAUACAGUUCAACUGGAACAUUCAGUGCUAGCGCUUCAACUUCUGAUAGCGACCGUUCAGCGAAUGCUCAAGUGAGUGGAAAUAGUGAUGGAGCGAUGAGUCAAUCGCAAGGACAGGGUGGCGCGGCACAGUCGCAAUCUCAGGUUCAAGUCAACUCGAAGAAUGGCGGUACUAAAGCUUCUUCACAGAGUGGCGGCAUAAUACAUCAGAGCCAGAGCGAGGUGCAAGCAAAUGACAAAGGAGGUUUGGCCGAUUCACAGUCUAGUGGACCGGGACAAACUUCGUCGCAAGCUCAAAUCGGUUUUCGGCCUAAUCAAGAGGGUAGCGCUGCACCACCGACUAGCGGUGGAGGCCAAGCGUCUGCGCAAUCUGGCAGCCAUUCAGGCCAAAGUCAGUCGCAAAUUCAGGGCACAUCGAAGUUUGGCGUUUCCUAUCAUGGUGCCGCGCAGUCUGCUUCGGGCACUAAAGAGCAAGUGGCAAGUUAUCGCGAACAGAAUCGUGAAUUAUUCCACAGUAUAAGCCAAUUUGGAAACUCUGAUGGGGUGACUGAUCGCGUAGACGCCGUGUAUAGCGGGCCUGGCGUAUCAGCUUUAUCAGCUGAUGGCGGUGCUUUACCUGAUCUAGACUUAAAAUCUUCGAAGAGUGUCAAAGAAAUCGUCAACGCCAACAAAGUUACCGAUGACGAUUCUACAAUCAACGAAGACGAGGAGGAGGAGCCAUACGAUGAAUACGACGAUGAGGAUGAGUACUACAAUGAAAACUCAAACGGAAAGCUGGACACCAAAUCUGAUAGCAAAUCCGGAUCCGAUUCUCAAACACCUUACCGAACUUACUCACAAAAUUCACCCUCACAGAGCCAGCAAGCCGCUGUGCCAAGUUCAUCGGAUAAAUAUCUAUUGGUACAAAAUCAAAAUGGACGUGUUCAGAAAUAUCCCUUCCGAUCGACCACUGAAAUGGUGCCUCGCGGUUUCCGUGGUACCGUUAAUGUUGAGAAAAAAUUCCACCCUAAGGCUGUAAAAUCACAACCCACUGACAAUGACCUCGACAGCGUCGAGGAGCAGAGCACAAAUAAGCAACGCACGCCGGAUAGCUAUGUCACCGUGACCAAGUCGAUUACGGGUAGCAUGGAUAAUACAAAGAAUCCACCACAGGAAAAUAAAAAUUUCCAAUCGACUUACUAUACAAAGUCAUCGACCUGUGGGUAUUUUACAUUUUCCUGCAACAUAGUGUACGGUGCGAAUGGUCGCAGUAAAAUCUGUCGUCCCAAGGCGCCAACAAAUGGAAAAUGUUAGAUUAAAGAAAAAUCAUUAUUUUCCAUAUCAGUAAUACAUAACUUAGUCGUAAAGAUAAGCCAUAGCUUAACUCGAAUGUAUUUUUAAAGUCCUAACAGAACGUAACAUUAAAACUUACUUACUUAAGAUGAAUAUUUGUAUGUCGAGCAGUAAAACGUUGGAAAAGGCUUUUUGAUCAUCUCAAGGCCAAUUUCGAAAUACAUAGGUUAUUUUUCAAAUAUACAUACUAAUUAAUACACUGCCACAGAAAAACUGUUAAUAAAACCUAAUUGCUAAAAUGUUAAUUAUUGAUAACUUUGUAAUAAAUGUAACUGUUGUCUUUUAACACCA